CAAAAAAAAAAAAAAAUCAGUUGCAAUUAGCAAAUUCUCUUGGAGAACAAAGAUAUGAUCAUGUAAACAUGAUGGGCUACAAUUUCUACAGUUUCUGUGACACCCACUGUCCACCUACAGAUAAUGGUUAGAGUGUCAGAGUAGGUCUGCACAGAUCCAAGUUCAAAUUCUACCCUAACCUACCCACAGGGUUGUUGUGUAGUCAGAAUAGCUGGGUGUAGACAUUGUGAAUACUUCCCUGAAGUCCUGGAAGGAAAGUCCAGGUAAUUAGUUGAAGUACUUAAGGACUUUAGGCUGUACUCCACUUUCAACUUCAAGGGAAACAUUUAUAGGACUGCACUAUAAAAAAAACUCCUUGGAGUAGAUAGGUCCUUCCCAUAGUAGCUUCAGUUUGAUUAAGCUCUAAUAAGACAUGGUAGAAAAGGAAAAGGGGAGGGGGAGGGAAGAGGAAAAUCAACAUGUGUCAACAGUUCCGUAGCAUUAACAUAGUUGUUAUGCAGCAGAACUGGAGGAGACAGUUCUGGGAGAGGAGAAGUCCUGAAUAAACUUACAGAAAAACCCUCACAGAUGAGCCCUUGUAAUCUUCUUGCUUAUUUUUCCAGGAGUAUUGAUAUGCCUGGCAUGUAACAAGAUUUAUAGAAAGAAGUGUGGGUGGUGGAGAGAGAGACCUGUAAGGAUGAGAACAGAAGCCCCUUUCUUGCCGAUCGCCAUUUUCCCACUCCUACGUCUUCAAGUGAGGUUCUUCGGAUUUUGUGGGCAUGACCCAUAGGUCCCUCCUUUGUCACCUGGAAUAUUCGACCUGGUAUCUAGAAAUGCAAAAUGUCUGUGUGACCGGCGGCACAUUCUUCCCUUGCACCUCCUGGUGGUGCACCCAUGGAAAUGCAAGUCCUCCACACCUUGGCUAAGAACGACCUUAGUGAUCCUGAACUUUUUAGUUUAGCUGCAACUACUGCAAAUCUUUAUUUACAUAUGCUGGCUUGAGAGACUUGUUUAAGACUCAUUAUUAUUGUUGGGCUUUCCAGCUUUAAAGGGCUCCUUUUCCCCACUGUAUGUGGACGUUGCCUCCCAUUUCUCCAUGGCAGACAAAAUGGCUACCGAACCGAGGGUUGGGGGAGCCCUGAGUUACUCCUUCCAGAAUGUUGUGGAACAUCGGGCCACUUCCCCCAGGAAAGCAGGGGAGGAAGCUGCAGCCAGCCCUCUGGAAGUGGAAGCCGAAAAGAUGAUUCCUCGAGUCAUUCAGGUCGGCACCAUUGGGGAGUUUCUAGGCUGGCUGGCCCCGCAAGAGCUGGCUCAAAGGCCAGAGGAGGGGUUGGCCCAGUGCUGGGAAACCCAGUGGCAGGAGGUCUUGAAGGUGGUGCAGCCCCUGCCCUCUGGCUGGGGAAGCCAGCUGCAGUUGAAACCGUUGCCGUGGGACUCCUCCUGCGAGGCAGCUGUUGAUAGCAGCCAGUGGCCUAGUGGAGAAGGGGUUGCCCAGCUCCUGGUGGACCACAGUGAAGAUGUGCCACGAGCCUUCAGCAAUGCAGGCCUCACAGAGGGCAGGCCGGUGAAGGAGACGGUUGUGGGAGAGGCGGCCGUCAGCACUGAGGUGCAUCGCCAGCGCUUCAGGCAGUUCAGUUACCAGGAGGCCCGGGGCCCCCGAGAGGUCUGGAAGAGGCUUCAAGAAUUCUGCCAGUGGUGGCUCACACCGGAGAAGCGGACCAAGGAGCAGAUCCUGGAGCUGCUGAUCCUGGAGCAGUUCCUGGCCAUCCUGCCCCCGGAGAUGCAGAGCUGGGUGAAGGGCCGUCGCCCUCGGGUGUGUUCUCAGGCAGUGGCCCUGGCAGAAGAGUUCCUGCAGGGACAGCAGCGAGAGGUCAAGGUGCCGAGGCCACGCGAGGAUGUCGUGAUGGUCUCCUCUGAGGCAGAGUGGUCUCCGUCGGACUCUGGAUUGAGCAGGAACCUCAGCAGAGAAGCUCGGCUGGAGGGUCAUCAGGAUCACAGCUUGCCAGGGAAUGCCCAGUGCUUGGGUAUUUAUGCUGCCUCAGCUGGUGACAGUGAAAGACAAGUGAAGAGGAAUACGUCUGGCCGUUCUCAGCAAGCAGGUUCUGAACUGCCUGUACUGCUCGGGACGUUACUGGGACAAGCUGGUUCGCUUGAAAGCCGCUGCGAGCCGCUGCAGGAGCACCGGGUGGAGCCCACAGACAGGUGGGAUGAGGCCACCCUUUGCAGUGAAGGCGUAUACGAGACGGUGGUGCGCUUGGAGGAGCACGGCCAUUGGUGUCUCGAGUGCGGCGAAAGUUUCCAGGAUGCAUUGGAGCUGGUGCGACACCAGAAAACGGCUCAUACAGGCCGCAAGCGUCCCGAGUGCCCGGAAUGCGGGAAGACAUUCCGGGACCUCUCCCAUGUCCUCCGGCACCAGACGGUCCACACUGGAGAGAAACCGUACGCCUGCUCCGAGUGUGGGCAAGGCUUCACCCAGAAACCAGCCCUGAACCGGCAUCGGAGGAAGCACCUUGAAGACACAGGUUUGAUGGGUUUUGAAACAGCUGUUAAACCUCCAAAGAUACAUACCGGGGGCCGCAAGCGUCCGGAAUGCCUGGAAUGCGGGAAGAGCUUCCGGGAUGUUUCUCAAGUCCUGCGGCACCAGACAGUCCACACUGGAGAGAGGCCCUACAGCUGCAUGGAGUGUGGGCAAAGCUUCACUCAGAAACCAGCUCUAAACAGACACAAGAGGAAACAUCUGGAAGACCCCCACCAUCCAGGCAACGGAGAAGUACGUGGGCACCGAGAAAAUGGCAGCAUGGAGCUGCCAAGGUGGCGGCACAGGUCCCUGGAAACGUCACCGGAGAGCCUUUCAGGUGCCUUUGUGGCCAGGUGUGCUGCGGAAAACUGGCCAGUGCGGAAUCAGCAUGUUCAGCAUGAGGAGCCCUUGCUGAGCGUGGUCGGAGGACUCGGAGUCAUGAAGAAAAACCUGAGUCGUCGGGGGCAAAAGAAAUACUGGUGCUUCGUCUGCGUGAAAGGCUUUCGGGACAAGGCAGACUUGGUGAGGCAUCAGAGAAUCCACACAGGAGAAAAACCCUACAUGUGCCUGGACUGUGGGAAGCGAUUCAGCUACACCUCGAGUAUGUACAAGCACCAGCUCACCCACAGGGAACCCGCCAAUCUGCAGGCAAAAGAAUUUGCAGGGGAGCACUUGAUCCGAACGCUGAACUUACCUGAAGAAGAGGAUGGGGUGGGGCUGAGCAACGGCAUCCGUGUGAAGGCUGAGGGGCAGGACAGGAUGCCUCACCUGGGGCCGGUCCUUCUAAGAGUCGGACACCUUUCAGAGAGAUGAAGCAGAUGAAGCGUCCGCACAACACUUCAGAAGAGCCAUCCCAAUGGUCAUCUCCAGUUUAUUCACACUACUGGUGUGUACAUAUAUGUAAAGAUGUUUUCUUAGGAUUUGCCAUAAUUAUUAUAUUACUAUUAAUUAUUAUUAUUACAGUAGCACUGGACUUGGGAGACGUGUGUUGCACAUCUUAUGUCAUUACUCCGUUUAAAUAAAAGGCUAAACCGA